AUGAUAUUCGAGUAUAUAGAAUAUGAAUAUUUUGAAACUUUAGCAAAUGAUGAAAAUACAGCAGAGCGAGGCGCAUUAGCCAGGAAUGAAAUUGCAACGCGCGUCCGCGGCGCAGCUUUGGCUUAUUACAUCGGCACAAAGACCCCGCGGGUGGAAUUGCCCUCCCGUCUGGCGGCAUUCCUCUCAGUGAAUGAGAGCUUCUGUGAGUCCACAGGAGUGAACAGUGGAGCACUAGCCAGUUGGAAAGUGACAGUGAAUGUAAGCGAUAGUGAGAUCGCGCGGUCUGCGCCUCCCGCCUCCCGGAGUCUCAGGAGGCCACCGCCGCACGUGCAGGCGGCGUGGCGCCGCGGUCGAUACGUUCGCCGAGCACCGCCGCCGCAGAGGACAGUCCGCAGCAGCACGCACCGCACCAUUGCGACGGAGAAAACCAAAAAAUAUAACAUUAUCUCCGCUACUUCAUUUAUUACG